AUGUCUACUCAGAUCGCAACUACGCCUUCGCCUGCAUACGACUUCCUCGCCUACCCUCCUCCCUCGCGUUACCCCACCUCCACCUCCGCCCCGCGCCAGCGUUCGGUGACCGUCAGCACGACCAUCUCCACCUGGGCCGCCCGCGUCACACCCGGCUCACCCGCCGCACCCUCUCCUCCAGCCUCUGCGACCAGCAACGGCAAACCAGGACUGAGCCCACGCUUCCCCUCGGCGCGCUCGCCCGUCGCGCAGUCCAUCCGCGCCGUCUCGGCCUCUUACGUCUCUGUACAUACACCCAGCCUCAAGGACUUCAAGCACACCGACCUCGCCGCUCUAGGAUACGCGUUCGCUGUAGUUCCGCUUCCGACACCUACGACGCCCCAUUCCGGUGUGAUGGGCACUGCGCCGAAGCCCGCCUCUCUCGCGAUACCCACUCCCCCAUCCCCGUCGCCCUCGACGUUCUCCACCAAGUCCAAAUCGAACAAGAAGAAGCGCGGCCUCGCCGGCCUUUUCCGCUCUGGGACCCGCGCGAAGUCGGCUGCUCCUGUACGCCGCAGGGGGUCACUCGCCGGCUCGCCUACGACGCGCGCACACAAGAUCGCGGAUGCGAAGCGCAGGCAGUACGCUGCUGUUGCGCCCGCACUCGAUGCGGAUCUGCGUCUCGUACAGCUCAUGGACGGCGGCGCGUUCGAGGACGUUGUCUCCUCGCACCAGACGCGCGCUGCGCACUCGCUCGCAAAGCCCAAGAAUGGCGGGCGCGGCGAGGAGAUCGUCGGCGCUGUGCACCGUAACGACGAUGGUGCCGUGUACCGCGACGCGUACGAGCCGGUCGAGUACGAGCACCUGCUCGAGGGCGCGCACGCCCGCACACCGAGCGACGUGAACUGGGUCGCAUUCGAGACGCCGCGUUCGAGCAUCUCGCACUCGUCUGGCGCUGUAUCCGCCGUUCCCGCCGGGGAGGCCGUGUACAGGCCGACUCGCGCUCGGGAGAACAGCACUGACUCUAUCCCCAUGCUCGACCCGGCACCCGCCCCGCGCCGUCGUACAAGCGAAGACUCCAACGCUUCAAGCGCAAGCAAGAAGUUGCCUCUCUUAGCCAUCCCCGUCCGCGCGCAACGUAAAGCGGCACAUCUCCUCGCACCGGGGUACGCCGAUGCAUCGACAUUCUACGUCCCUCCUACGCCCCGCACGCCCAAGAGCCCGAAAUCGCCCAAGUCUCCGAAGAUGCCGCGGGCGAGGGGCCGCGACCGCCGUCGUCCCGCGCCGCUUAACAUCCCGCUCCCGGCGCCGAUGGACGUGAGCCCUGUCGAGUCGCCUUCGCCUCGCACGUUGUUCCUCCAGGACUCGUUCGCGCCAUCUCCUUCGGCCGGUGGGCCUGUCCGUCGCACGCGUUCGCGUUCGCGCUCCCAGUCGCGCGCCAGGGCUGGGAGGCCUAUGCCCGCGCCUACGCAGGCUGUGCCGCCCGUCCCGCCUAUGCCGCGCGAGGUGCUCGACUUUGGCGUGAUCGCUAUGGACGUGGACGCGCCUACUACGGUGCCGCAUCGCGGGCUGGCUAAGAAGCCUUCAAGGAUGAAUCUCGCGAUGCGCUCGAUGUUCGGCAAGCGCAAGGACUAG